ACCGCGCUUUUGUUUACAUUUGAACCUUAUUUUAGCUCAUAUUCAGGCGCAGGUCGUGUGUACUUCAUAUUGUGGCCGAGGAGGGAGCAGUUUGUUUUGCGUAAAAGCGCACGGCACCUGACCAGGAAGACACCAACUGCACGCUGUCCUAACGCAACUACGUUUCUUCAUGAUGUCAUCUCCUCCGCCCCUGCGCUGCCCCACCUGUCUGCACCUUAGCUCCGCCCCCGUCUGCCUCCCCUGUGGCCACGCCUUCUGCCUCACCUGCCUCCAGACCAUAGACCAGGGUUUGGACCGACACUACUGCCCCCAGUGCAGAGAGGAGUACCACCCCAACUACUACCCCUCCUACGACUACUGCAAAGAUUACUCCGACAUGAAGUACCCAGGAAUGAGUCAAUUCACUAUUCAAAACAUGUCUGCUGUCACAAAAAAUGUUCAAGGUGUACCAGAAAAGAUGGCUGCAAAAGAUUCAGAACUAUAUAACUACCUAAAGAGUAAAGUGGUUGAACCUGGCUUAGAAAGUGAGGGAUUUCAAAAUAAAACUCUACUUUUGCCAACUUUGAAAGCAGAUACGCAAAACCAAAAUAGCUCUUCAAGAAACAACAUAGAAAUUACAAUGGGACCCGGUAUAGGGAUGGGAGAAGCAGGAAGUUGUGAAUUUCAAAAUAAUAUGGCACUUUUGAGACUAAACAAAAGAGAAAAUGAGUCAAUAGGAAAUUACCAACAAAACUUAAUUGAACAUAUUGAAGAAGGAGGCAUGGAAGGCAAAGAAGAUCCUGCUUUUCAAAAUAAAAGUCCAAUUUCAGAAGAAGAUGAACGAAAGAUGGCUGAAUCAAAAUUAAAACUCUUGUCAGAAGUUCCACAUUUGACAAGCAAAUUGGAAAAAGCGGAAAUGGUUCUGAAGAAAGUGCAAGCGUACGAGCUAACUGUGACGUCGGCUAAUGCUAACCUACGAGAAAACGCAUUGAAACUACUGGGAGAAGUGACAAGCUUUGCUCAAAACUACAGUGAGACUAUUAUGGCGCUAAUCGAGAGAGAGUUUAGCCCGGGAGAGGAAAUUAUUCAUAAAAAAUUGGAAAAGGCAUCAGGAAUUAGCAAUGAAAUUAAGAAAACCAUGCAAGAAGUUGAUCAUUUACUAAAAGAAAAAAAUGCAAAUGUUUUUAAAAGCAAAAUUCAGAGUUUAGAAUCUGAAAUAGAAAGAUGUGAAAAGAUACAACAACCUGAAGAAAGUCAUGAAUUCAACUUUGAUUUGUCCAAAUUGUGUCCCGAACUGGAGCGAUUGAACUGUGAGUUUCGAGAUAAACUUGGGCAAGUUCAAAGGUCGCUGAGGAAUAAGUUUAACCCCUCGGAGGUAACCUUUGACCCGGAAACGCUCCAUCCAAACCUGAUCCUGUCUGAAGAUCUGAAGACGGUGACGUUUAGUGCAAAGAAACAACUAUACCCCACAACGCCAAAGAGGUUCACCAACUUCAUACAGGUGUUGAGUGCUCAGAGCUUCAGUGCCGGCGUGCACAGGUGGAAGGUGGAUGUGGACAGUGCCCCCUGGCUUUUGGGCGUGUGCGUUGCGUCGUCUGUGCCGCGCUCUGGCCUCCCGUCGGCCCUGGAGACGUGCCCUUUCUCCUGGGCUCUCAUGUGGAACCAGAACGUCCUGAAUGCGUUUGACCGGAGCAAAGCCACACAGCUGCAGAAGACCCCCCAGGUGUCCAGGAAGAUGGAGCUAAAGCUGGACUGUGACCGAGGACAGCUGGACUUCUACUAUCUGAGCGAGACCACCGGGAGGCGCCACAUCCACACGUUUAAAAUAGAGACCAAGGAACCGCUGCAUCUGGCCUAUAGGAUGUUAUCAGGAGACCCCAAAGGAAGAGCCACUAUAUGCUCAUAAUACAUUCAGAUAUAUGGACGGAGGGGCCUGUAGAAAUCUAUGGGAGAUUCACUGUUUCUGAAAGAGAUCUCCAAACUUCUGAUCCGCAAAUGUAGAACCUUCCCAUCAUUAGUUUGGGUUUGGCAAAGAAAUGUGUCAGCACCACUUUCUGAAAAAAAUACUUUUGUUUAUUUAAACUAUGCCAGUUUUAGUUUAAUGUGUAUAGGCCCUGGAAUUACACAGACAUUAAACAUAAACCAUUUCAACACAUCUGACAGUUACACAACAAACUCCACCUCCCACCUCCACUCCAGGGUUCUGACCUCUGACCUCCAACUCAGGUUAAACUAAAGGGAGUCAGCACGACCUAUUCUUUUUGAUCCUGUGUGUAAGUACACUUAGCCAGAUGUGACCAGAGGAUCCAGAACAUGGUUAGAACACACAUUUCAAUAAAUUGUAGUUAAUGCAAUUAUACUUAAGCUUCUGAUGUACAGGAAUCUAAGUCAAGAGACGCCAAACAAAGGUUUAGUAUUCAUAUAUUUUGGCUUCCUGUUUAUAGGUGAUAUUUUGAGGACUUCUGCUCAUUCAAAAGUUGUAAUUUUUUUUAUUGUUUGCUAUGGUGACUGUGCUAGAUUGUCUUCACUCUGAAGCUCAUGGAUAUGCACACUAUUCAAAUACACUCUAGAGACAGACUGAUAUUUGGCCAUUUUAGUGCAUCAACCAUCAGCCUUAAAUCUCCAUCAGAGGCUGAUGUUUUGUUUUGGUCGUCUUGGUACUUAAAGAAUGCACAUAAAGCUUUAUCUGAACAACUCAAAGAGACACCUGCACAAAGUGUGACGACACAGUUUGUGGUUCAUUUAAAUGACAGAAUUAGGGAAAAAUAAUCAAAAUGUGUUUUACAUAUCAGCCCAAAAAUAGUCUCUCCAGAGCUUCAGUCUCUCUGGAAUCUCAACAAUCGGCAUCGGCCGUGAAAAAACACAUAUCAGUCGUUCUCUAACACACUACAUUGAUGCAAAGUUCUCUCAAGUACAAAUACUUUCUGAAUGUUGAAUAUUAUAUACAUUUACUCACAAAGGGGUCAUACACUACACUCAUGUACAAAUAACUGCUUUUAUUCUUAGUGUGGGCUCCAUUUUGUAUAUCAAUGUAGAUGAAGGUGGCUCCUGCAUGAUUCCAUGGAAAUAGAACAUUAAAACCAUACAUACAUAUUAUAACCAAAGGAACAUUUCCAUGGAAACAAGCAGAAGGAGGUCUCCCUUCUAAAUAAGAGUCAGGUUUGUGGAGAUGCAAGCUUGCUCCCAGUAAGGACACAUUUUCAUGAUUUUCAUUACAAUAAACACAACUGAGAAGAAAAAAAACACACACACUUUGUUUUAUUUUAUUUUAUCUUUUUGUUUGGGGGGGAGGGGGCUUUAAGUUGGUGUUGGUGUUUUUUAGAUUGUAAAAUGUGAUGAUGUCAUACUCCCAGAUGAAGACAAGAGCCUGUUUUUCUCUUGUAUUUCUAUUGUAUUUAUUACAUUGUAUUUUCAUGAGAAAUAUCCAAAAGGUAAAUGCACAAAUGUUGAACCUGAUUAUUUCUGUUGGUGACUAGCGCUAAGACUUCACUGUGUUAAACACAAACCUUUUAUCUGCCUAUAGAGUUCUUAAGUGAUGAUGUCACUUCUGGGUCCAACUGGCAACUGUUCUAGCUUUUUUGCCACAGUUCUGCCGAUCUACAACCCAGAAGUGGCAUCACACGCAACAAGUCUGUGGAGCUCGAGCUCAGCAGUGGCGCCCGCCUCUGGUUCCAGAGGUUUCGCUGAAUCUUGUGUUUUAAAUGUGGUUUUUGGACGUAAAUCAGACCAGUUCUGCAAAAUUGACUUUUCAGAGUUUUAACCAUGUUAUAGUUAUUUCUUCUCAUUGACCCUCUGAAGUUGUGUUUGGAGUGAUUCAUGUCUGACCAAUCUUUAAUCGAUUUUGUUCUCAAAUUUUAUGUUCUUAACAAUUUUGGUACCUAUGAAAAAUAUAUAACAUAAAUAUAUAACAAUUUAUAACAUAAUGAAUCACAGGUGUCAUAGAUUAUAACUAUAGACACAAGCAAAAUAGGUCAGAUUUAAAAUGAGCACAUAGUAGCUGGUUAGCUUCUGCAGUGUCGUUAAACUCUUAAUAUUCUUAAAAUUGACCUCCAGAACCAGAGUGGCCAUUCACUGUUAAGCUUCAUUCCUGGGUUUCAACUUCCUAUUACAUGAUGCCAUUUUGAGGAUGGCUGACCAUUCAAAAGAAGACCAUAUUUAGUUUUGAACUGUUAAUUUCUAUGGCAGCGGCCUUAACUUUUCAUCAGUCAAACUCAUGGAUAUGAUGUUAUCUGUCACCUGAAACCCAGCAAUAAGAUGAUUUGAAUUAUAUAUGAUGCCAAGUUCUCACUAAGUCCCCUCUACAGUCAGUAAAGUCCAGUGUGAAUAAACGACCUUCAUUAAUCAUUGUCUGAAUUAUCGGCUGUAUAAAGUCCAAAGCAAACUACUAAAUAAAAAAGACAGAACCACAUUGU